AUCAUGUUGUCUAAUUGCAACGAUUACAGCAAUAAUGUAGUCAUUCAAGUCGACAGCCCUAAUGUUCAGUAUUCUAAAGACUAUAUUGAGUCCACAAUAGAAUAUCCAGUCAAUUAUGUCACGGACCAAGAUAACACAAUAGUGGUAAAAACUACUGUUACGAAACUAAAGAUUCGCACAAAAAGAACAGUGCCUAAAACUGGAAUCAUGAUGGUGGGUUUAGGAGGUAACAAUGGUACAACAAUAACUGCGGGGAUUUUAGCUAAUAAGUAUGGUUAUACUUGGGAAACUACAAGUGGAAUUAAGACUCCAAAUUGGUUUGGAUCUAUUUCACAAUCAUCUACCAUACGCAUAGGAAUGGACCCAAGUGGAAAAGAUGUUUAUGUACCAUUGAAAAGUUUGGUUCCCAUGAUUAAUCCAAAUGACAUAGAAAUUGAUGGAUGGGAUAUAUCUUCACUUGACUUAGGUCAAUCAAUGAAAAGAGCUCAAGUAUUAGAUAUUGAUUUACAAAAAAAACUUAUGAAGCAUAUGUGUGAAAUUAAACCACGGGCAUCAAUUUAUGCACCUGAUUUCAUUGCAGCGAAUCAGUCUAAUAGAGCUGACAAUUUAAUUAAAACUGAUAAAAAAUCUGAAGCUCUCGAUCAAAUUCGAGCUGACAUUAGAGAUUUUAAAAAAUCUAAAUGUUUAGACCAAGUAAUUGUUUUGUGGACAGCUAACACAGAAAGAUUUUGUGAAGAAAUGGAAGGACUCAAUGACACGUCAGAUAAUUUAUUGCGAUCAAUUUGUAAAAAUGCUUCUGAAAUUUCUCCUUCAACUCUGUUUGCUGUUGCAUCAAUACUUGAAGGUUGCACUUAUAUAAAUGGUUCUCCAUCAAAUACAUUUGUAAAGGGUGUUGUUGAACUAGCUGAAAAGUGGGGUGUUCAUAUUGCAGGAGAUGAUUUCAAAUCAGGUCAAACAAAACUAAAGUCUGUGCUUGUGGAUUUUCUUGUUAGUGCUGGUAUCAAACCAGUUUCAAUUGUUAGUUACAAUCAUUUAGGAAAUAAUGAUGGUUACAAUUUAUCAGCACCUCAACAAUUUCGGUCUAAAGAAAUUUCUAAAAGUAAUGUUGUAGAUGAUAUUGUACAAUCUAAUAACAUAUUAUACAAACCAAAUGAAAAGCCAGACCACUGUGUUGUCAUCAAGUAUGUCCCAUUUGUUGGUGAUUCUAAAAGAGCUAUGGAUGAAUACUCAUCAGAAAUAUUUAUGAAUGGAAAAAAUACAAUGAUUAUUCAUAAUACAUGUGAAGAUUCAUUAUUGGCCUCCCCAAUAAUAUUAGAUUUAGUAAUAUUAGCUGAUGUUUUUAAUAGAAUUGAAAUUGGAUCGGAUAAAUCCGAUUAUACACCUUUGCAUCCUAUUUUAUCUGUAUUAUCAUACAUGUUGAAAGCUCCUAUUGUACCAAAAGGAGCACCUGUUGUAAAUUCCCUUUUCCGUCAAAAAACAUGCAUAGAAAACAUACUUAGAGCAUGCUUAGGUUUGCCAGCUGAAAGUAAUAUGCUGUUGGAGUACAUGUUACCUGCUAAGAUUUUUGUAGACUCAGAUGAUCAAAAUCAAAUUGUUUACACAUGUCCAAAAUGUCAAUCAUAAUAUUAACAACAUAGAAUUAUAUAUAUUUAUUUAUUUAAUUAAAUAUAUAUUUAUAUUGCUUUA